CCCCUGGGCGGCGCGGCGGGGCCCGGUGCGGCCGCCCUGCGGGCGCUGCUGUCGGUGGCCGCCGGGCUGCUGGCCUGCGGCGUGGCCAGCGAGUACGACUAUGUCAGCUACCAGUCAGACCUGGGCCCUUACCCUGGCGGGCGCUUCUACGCCAAACCCCACCAGUGCGUGCCCAUCCCCGCCGACCUGCGGCUCUGCCACAGCGUGGGCUACGACAAGAUGGUGCUGCCCAACCUGCUGGACCACGAGACCAUGGCCGAGGUGAAGCACCAGGCGAGCAGCUGGGUGCCGCUGCUCAACAAGAAUUGCCAUAUGGGCACGCAGGUCUUCCUGUGCUCCCUGUUUGCCCCCGUGUGCCUGGACCGGCCGGUCUACCCCUGCCGCUGGCUCUGCGAGGCCGUGCGUGACUCCUGUGAGCCUGUCAUGCAGUUCUUUGGCUUCUUCUGGCCAGAGAUGCUCAAGUGUGACCAGUUUCCCCAGGAUGACGUCUGCAUUGCUAUGACAGCUCCCAAUGCCACCGAGGUCUCCAGGCCCAAAGGAACAACUGUGUGUCCCCCUUGUGACAACGAGAUGAAGUCAGAAGCCAUUGUGGAGCACCUGUGUGCCAGCGAGUUUGCUCUUAAGAUGACCAUAAAGGAAGUGAAGAAGGAGAACGGGGACAAGAUGAUCAUUCCACGGAAGAGGAAGGCGCUGAAGCUGGGGCCCAUCCGAAAGAAGAACCUGAAGAAGCUGGUGCUGUUCCUCAAGAAUGGGGCAGACUGUCCCUGCCACCAGCUGGACAACCUCAGCCACUACUUCCUCAUCAUGGGCCGCCAGGUGAAGACCCAGUACCUGCUGACAGCCAUCUACAAGUGGGACAAGAAGAACAAAGAGUUCAAGAAGUUCAUGAAGAAGAUGAAGUCCCCCGAGUGCCCAACGUUUCCGUCCGUGUUCAAGUGACCUGGUGGUGGCAGGGGAGCUGCACUGGGGCUCGCUCUGGCUGCUCUGCAGCAGCAGGGCUGCUGGAGCCAAGCCCUGCUGCUCCUCCUGCUGCUCCUCCUGCUCCUCAGAGCUCCCUGGUGAUCUCAGCCCUCCCAGUCCCCGCUGCUGGCCUGGGCACGGGAUGCUCGUGCACCCAGAGGCGCUGGGGGCACACACGAUUUAUGUCUGCACUGUCUAAAUCCUGUCACUGUACAGAUGUGUACAGCAUUGGCACAGCAGCGUUCAGGUAAAGAGGGCAAGCACAGGGGAGUGAGGUGAUGUUAAGAGCUUGCAGAAGGGACCCUUGUGACCAUGUCACUCCUGUCUUUGUGGCUGCAGGAUUGCCCCAAAUUCCUGAAUGAGCCUGAGCUGGCUGGUUAGACAGAGAUCCCAACUUCCUGAUCAAAGUUAAUAACUGAGUAGUGGAGAACCCGUUACAACCUCUGAUAAGAAUUCCUAAUAGCUAAUUGCCCUCUCUGUAAAAAUAUCCCAUUGUAGUUUUAACCUGCUUAGUUUAAGCCUUAACCCUGGUUCCUCGUGGUGCCUUGAUGGGCUGGAGCCCUCUCUCACCAGCAUCUCUUGCAAUGUCUCCCUGGGUGCCUGCCUUGGCACCAGCUGUGCCAGCUGUGCCCUCUGGGCCAGUGCUGAGCUGCACCAGGUAGCCUUAUAGUGUCUGCACUGGUCCUGCUGUGUUGGCGCCCUGGGCGUGGGGACCAGGGCAGAGGGGCCUCUGUCCCUGCUGUGCCUUUGGCCUUGUGCAGGCCGUGCCCUCAGCAGUGUCCAGCUGGGGUCUGUCCCCUCAGCAGUGUCCAGCUGGGGUCCUCAGCAGUGUCCAGCUGGGGUCUGUCCCCUCAGCAGUGUCCAUCUGGGGUCCCUGCCUGCAGCUGGCAGCUCCCAUGCACAGGUGCCCUGAGCUGUUGGUGCCCAGAGCUGUCACUCUGCUGUGAAUCCGUGCAGAGGUUCAGUGCUGGCCUGCCCAGGGCUGUGGCUCUGGGAGCUCGUGGCCAGCUCCUGCAGCUUGUGUCACUCCCUCACUUCACCAGUGAUGUUUUUAUAGCUCCUUUGGGCUGCUGGCAAAGUCCCAGAGUGCAGAAGGCCGAGGACCUGUCCCUGCAGAGCACUGCAGGCCCUGCAUCAGCUCUGCCUUUCCCUCUGCUGUGGGACCCAUCUGUCUGGGGUUUGUCUGUUUGAUCUAUGGCAACUUGGCUCUCUGUCAUUGUGUCUUUUUUGCUCUAAUCAAAAUGUCAUGUUUGUAUGAUUUCAAAUAGUUUAUCAAAGACAAAGAAUAUCUUACCCAAAUGAUUACAUUUAUUGACCAAGCUGCAAUUCUUUAUUCUGUUAAUUGGACUAGUUAUCUUUUUCAUAGACCCAUAGCACUCCAUAUUCAUUAUCCUUCCUCCUUCUGUUUUGUAUUCCCAUCCAUCACCAGUACUCUAAGAGAAUGAAUAUCUGAUGUCUGAGAUAAUCCUGUUGUACCACAGUUAAGUGAAAUAACAAAUCCUCAUUUCUGAGGUUUGAACCAAACCCCCUCAAAACUGGUAAAUUCAUUAUUCCUUAGCUUGGGAGUGUGCUUAUUCCCCACAUGGGGACAGAGCUGCGGACUUGGCUGUAGAAGAAUUCCAUUAACAAGCCGAGUACUCUGAGGAAUGAUGUUUCACGGCUAACAGAGAGAUGGAUUUAGGAUGUGAACUUUGUAGAGUCCCUCUAGGUUGUCUUAGACCACUGUUUGUAGUAGCGUUGUUUCUUUAUUGCAAAAUUAAUCAUUGUAGAUAAUGUGCUUUAUUAGUGAAGUAAAGAAAUAAAUAAACCAUGGGCUUUAACACCA